AAUGGGCCUGAAUCAUUCUAAGGCUCACCCUAGGGUGACCAAAGUAGCACCUUUCCAAAAUAAAGAGGGAGAGACUGCCAUGGCUGACCCUGUGGACUUUGCAUUUAAUCAGAAUCUGGAAGAAAAGAGUUCGUUUUCGCUUGCAAGACUGCAGGACCGGAAUAAAGCUUUGGAAGGGCAGCUGCCGCCACUACGAGAUACCUGGUAUGGAAGACACUCUGCAGUGCCCAGGGCCAUCUAUUUUGACAUUCCACUGGAACAGGGAGAAACAAGUAUUAUUAAAAGGCAUCCACCCCGAAGACUUCAAAAGCUUGAACCCCUUGACCUGCCACCAGUAAUUACUUCUGAAAGACACCUGAGCCAGCAAGAAGCUGAGAGAACUCACAAAGCAAAGCAGGGCCUGGAAAAGAAGGUGCAAACUCCAAUGUAUACUUCUGGGAAAAGACAAUAUUUACAUAAGAUGCAAAUGCUGGAAAUGAACCGUAAAAGACAAGAGGCCCAAGUGGAGUCAAAGAAAAGUCUUCAUAAGGAGUCUAGGACUAAUAAACAAAAACCCAGGGAAAAUAAAGCCAAGAAAACCCUUCAAAACAUCCCAAGAAAUGAUGACGGUGACUUCAUAACAUUGUUGCCUGAUGAAAGCUUGAUUACAAGCCCAG